UCCGGCAAGACAGAAAUUGGUGCCAUAUCACUGGAGACUGCGGUAGGUUCAAUCGUUUGGAAAUGUCCGACUUUCACAACCGGAGCCAAACCAGCGCACGUCGCAGUGACUACGUGUGGCAGUAUGAAUAUUACGACGACGAGGAGCCCGUGUCUUUUGAGGGACUCAGAGCGCACAGAUACUCCAUCGUCAUCGGCUUCUGGGUUGGACUUGCAGUGUUUGUUAUUUUCAUGUUCUUUGUUCUUACGCUGCUCACAAAGACAGGAGCGCCACAUCAAGAAAACCCAGAUUCUGCUGAAAAGCGACAUCGACCAGGAAACUGCCCAGUAGACAGCGGCAGCGCCCAAGAUGAAAACGACAAAGCCUUUUCUCGCCCUUUGUUGGCUGAGUCCCGCUCUUAUUUUCAUUUCUACAUAAAUGAGGAGCAGGCUCAGGGAAAGCCAAAACUGAAGGACAAAAGAGUUGGAAAGCCCCAGCCUCAAGGGUCCUGCAAAAGCCCUGGAGAAUAUAGCUCUUCAGGGAUAGUGGAGAUGGAAGAGGAAGCUGAGGAGGCUGAGGAACACCAGCCUUUAAAGGGGCUUUUAGAGGAGAGCAAAACAGACGGCGAAUGUGCCUUCUUGUCACAUUUCAAUAUCCCAAAUUUUGUGAAUCUGGAGCACAGUUCCACCCUGGGAGAAGAUGAUCUGCUGUAUGAGCCGUCCGUCAUACUGCAGAGACAGUCUCACUCUCAGAAUGGUCACUGUGACAUUCAUUAAACUGUUCAUAAACAAUAGACACGGUGGAGUUUUUCCACUGGUUGUAAUUUAACCCUAAAAGACCUAAACAGCAGCCGGCGAC